CGAUCAGUAUAUAGUUACACGCUCUGGUGUUUUUCUAGUCAACAUUUUCACACACCGACACAAAUUAAAACGAAAUGAGCGUUUACUUUUCUUCACUUUUUCGGAUGCAGUUGCUCGAAGUAUAACAUGAACUAAAAACGCUUAUUUUGAAAUAUCGUAACCGAAAAAUAAUCAUUCGAAGUUUGUACUCGGUGGAAAAUUUUUCGUGUGGAUUUUUUUUUAUACCAGGAUCAACUCUGUUUUUGCGAAAAUUUACUUGUGCACGUAUUCGAAAUCUAAUCAGUUAAAUUACAAACCCGAGAUCGGAACGAGAGGAAAAAUAGUGCAAACAGUACUUGUCGAGGGGCUCGUAUUCAGGUCCCCGAAUCAACCUCUAUGAAAUCUGCAUCACUGCAAUCAAAAGUACCUGCAGGAGCAUCAAUUUCAAAGAACUGAAAUACCUACACGAUCUGUAAUAGUUUCAAAAUCAAAGCUGCAAACAAGAACAAUAUCGAUUCACGUCUAACCAAGACUCACAAAUUGUACUAAAAAAACCAAUAUAAUGCAUGAACAUCCACAUCCCGAUUCGGCAAAUACACCGCCACCAGUUGGCAAUGUAACAAAUGAAGAUAUCCAGAAAGUUUUUGAUCUUUUAGCUGAAGGGGAGGCAAAAUUGAAUGCUAUACCCAGCGUGGAGAAUGUGACUUUGCUGAUGGGUAAUAUAGGGUCUGGGAAAAGCACAUUAACCCAAAGAAUUGCAGGUUAUGAUACUAACCUAGUUUCAGUGGAAGAGGGUCUCGAUUUCGGCAUAUAUGAACAGCAUAAUAACCAAAUAAAUAACUCUUAUCCUACAUCUGUAACAAUAUUUCCGGAAUUGGUGCAAGACAACAGCACACGUGCCUGGUAUUACGACUUUCCAGGAUUUUUUGAUACCAGAGAAGUGGCUCAUGAUGUAACCACGUCGUAUUUUAUUAAAAAAGCCAUUGAUAAAAUACAACGUGUUAAAAUACUUCUUUUAGUUAAUAACAGUUCGUUAACUCGGGGUGGAAGGAUAAACGACUUCAUCAAACUCUUGAAACACGUAACUAAAUUCGUUAAAAACGUUGAAAAACUUCAAAAUGGUAUUUGCCUGAUUGUAACCAUGGUUCCAUUUCCCAAAUUGAAAGACAAUGAACUAAUCCAAAUUUUGGUUGAAUCGAUUAAAGAAGCCAAGGAAAGGUUGAAAAAAAAAGAGCGCAGUUCUGAUGAAAUCAAACUCAUAGAUGUGUUAUUGUUGAAACAGGAAGGUGUCUACUCAAGAAUAGGAAUUUCUAGAACUCCAAGCCAAGAAGGUAUUCUAAGUGAGAUUCCUGUGCUGAGAGAGAACAAGCAAAACCUUACAGCUCUCAUAGAUAAACUCAGUUUUGUUGAAAAGGACACUUCUGAUUUUGGUUAUUUUGUACCCGAACUAUCUCUGUAUGAUGUCAGCAAGCUGAUAAAGGAAAUUAAUGAGAAAAUAUUACAACACGUUGAAAAAAGUGGUGAAAAAAUUCAAGAGUACUUUAUCGGCAAAGAAAAUCAAAUUACUGAACUUUCCCAACUGGUUAAUGUAACACGCUCAUUACACAGUAAAUUGAUAAAUCUGAGAGAUAGUGCAAGUUUAGAACUGAGAACCAUAAGCUGUGUGCAACAACUUGUGAAUGGUGUUACCUCCAUGGAUAUGGAUCCAGUGAAGAAGAGUUUACUACCCGCUGUGGAAUAUGCUCAAUAUUCUUCGUUCUUGCAUAUGAUAAAUGGUCAUGUCCUUGGUGAUUCAUUUAAGUGCAUUGAGGGAUUGAAAAAUGUCAUCGAAUACUCCAAAAAGUCAAACAAUUGGUAUAAAUUCAUGCAACAGCUCUACAAUGGAUUGUUGGAAAGUCAAAGUCUGUGUACUGAUGUGGUUAAUCACUUGGCUCAACAUGAAGCAAAUGUAAGUUCUGAAUCAUACAUACAACUCUUGCAAGAGCGUUUUGCAAAAUGCAAUCAUUAUGAUUUGAACGAAUUUGCAAGCAUCACACUUAAUGACGCAAAACUAAAUAUUCAGCGUAAAAUUCUAGACAUGGCGUUGAAAAACAAUUUACAUCCAUCGACAUCAUGUACUGACACCAAUAAGCUGGUAAUGAAAGGGCAUUACAUUAAACUCAGCGAUGUAGUUGAAUACAAGAAGAAUUGCACAACUUUGCCCCAGAUCAUUGAGAUCUUAGCGCUGAGACGAGUAUUUAUAGACACUGACCUGAACAUGAUUGGUGACCAGGUACAGCUUUUCAUUAUAGCACCAAUUUGGGAAAGUUGGGGUACUCGAAAAAUUACCCUCGAUGGUUUGCCUGGAAACUCACAUAAUUUAUCAAAAGCUCCAAAUGCAACAAUCCCCAAUGAAAAUGGAUUCAACGGUAAACCUGGAUUACCCGGAAAAUCCGGAGGACACUUUGUAGGCAUUUGGGAGACUUUCAUCAAUCUAUCAGAUUUCAGUGUGUCUGUUAAUGGUGGUCAAGGUGGACCAGGGCAAGAUGGAGGUGAUGGAGCAAGUGGGAGGAAUGGAGAUGAUGCAUAUGAUGAUAUUACUGAAACUAGGGGGACAUGUUCAGCGAAAUAUAAUCCACCACCUUGUAUUUGUAAUGCUAAAUCAAGCAACCACACCAUAACACUAGAUUUAUAUGAAAAUAAAUAUGAAGUAGAAGGAAACAAAACAGAAAGUGGGCGCCGUUACAUUCUUGAGGGAAAAGAAGGACAUGUUGGUGGAGAUGGUGGUGACGGAGGCAGAGGUGGAGUUGGUGGAGAUCCCGGUGAAGCUAUAUUCAUUCCACUGUUGCCUCAGAAUACCACAAGCAUACAAGUAGAUAUGAAAACAGGACUCAUGGGAUUGGAUAGAAGAGGUGGUCAUGGUGGGAGCGGAGGAAAAUUUGGAAAAAAUCUCAUAAUAUGGUCGCCAUGUCAUCAUUCUCCUCGCAAAUACAACGUGGCAGACAAUUACAAGCAAGCACCAAUGGGUAAAAAUGGUGUAAAUGGUGGAAACUCUAACCCUAUGGAAUUGCCACAAAAAAAGGAGUUGAAACCCAUGUCGGAUGUAAUUAAAUAUUACAAUGGGUAUGCGCAGAACAAUCUAAAUGAUACCAUACAGGGGUCUCAUUUAGUAGAAUUUCUGGAAAAGCUCAAUAAUUCACUUAAACAGCAAACAAAAGAACCUACAAAACAGCUACGUGCCAAACGCGAAGUUAUGAAUGCCAGUGAACCAAUGAAAAGCUCUGCAAACAUCAUCAAAUCUCCGAUAAACACUGCAUUUGGCUUCAUUGGUGGAAUCUUGGGUACUUGGAAAUCAAUCUACUCACCAAGCAUAUUAAAUUACCAUUUGAUCAAGGAAGGUGUUCAAUCUUGGUUCGGAGGACUGACCCCAUUCAAAGCUUACACAAAUAAGAAUUUUAACAAUCAUUUUGGAAGUGCCGCCACAUUCAAUGCCUACGAAUCACUCGCAUUGAUGGACUUUUUUGUAAGAUUGGUUACAAAGGUUAGACCCUAUGACAAUACCAUCGAUGAAUCAGUAACUUCUGUCGAAGUUACAGCUUCUAUAGUCAAUGUUAUUGCAGAAUUUGAAAAAUUACUGAAUGAUCUAUCCAUUUGGUACAAUUUACCAAUAAAAUCUGAAGAAUUUGAUCCCAUUGAUCUGAUGUCCAGAUUGGAAAAGGAGUUGAUCAAUGGUAAUUGCGUAAAAUUGAAAGAAAUCAUAUUCCAAACUGUAAUGGAGAUUUUCCAUAAUUUGGACAAUGCUGAAUUUCGUGAGCAUGUUGCCCAAAAAGUCAGUGAUGUAUUUGGGGUGGAAAAAGAAAGGGAGUCGAUUUUGUUAUCUUCAGUUGCAAAUCGCCAGCAUAAAUAAACACUUGUAAACAUUUUACAAAAUUUUCACGUUUUGUUUGCCCUAAAGUUUGAAUCACAUUCUCAUUCUUCCCUAAUAACUUGCAUUGUAUUCACAAGUGAACAACUUUUUAGAUUUUAGGAAGAUACUUACUCUUUAUUAAUAAUUUACCUUAAGAUAUGUACCUACUAGAUACCUACCAUCUACUAGAAUGGCCUCGAAAGCAAAUACCCAAUAUCUCACGUACCUGCUUGAAUACGUAUACUUAUUUUGUAUACUAGGUAGGUAGUAAUUUUUAAAGUAAUAGUUAACUUUGUUUUUACAUCACAUGAUGAAGCAAAUUUUGAUAAAGUUCGUAAUAAUAUGUAUAGAUUCGACCGUUUUUCUCCUGACGAGCAAACCUUCACAACCCAUAAACAUCGAUUAAGCUGAAAUCUCAUUCAGUAUGGAAGAUAGGUACUUCCUCGUUAUUAAUUUUACUAAUAUUAUAUAUCUACUGGAAUAGCCUCAAAAGUAAUUUAGCUAACUUCAUCCGUCAUCACGUACUCAAAUAUAUUAUCAUUGCAUACUAUACUAGUAAUUUUGAUGAAGUAAUUAACUUUAUUCUUACACUCCACAUGAUGAAACAAAUUUCAAUAAUAAAAUGUAUUGAUUA